CCGGGUCGAACGGAAGGAAACCCUAGCUGCCGUCGUCGUCGAAACCAUCUUGUGGUUUGUUGGUAGCCAUGGCGCUGCGGACCGUUGCCGCGAAGCUCAAGGCCCCCGUCGCCUCUCUCAAGCAGGCAUGGGCGGUCUUCCGUCCUCAGGCUAAGCAUCCUUUGGGGGGCCGGUAUGUUGAUAUCCGCCAGGAAAUGAAGGCCCUCGAGAGGGCCGUGUGGGUGAGCGAAAUGAAGCAGACUUUGAUUAGCAUUGGCUUCAUGAGUGCUUUUACUGGUGCGUUUGCCCAUGUGCUUCAUUCAGACUUAGCUGCCCGUGAGGCGGAGGCGGAGGCGGCCCUACGUGCGGGGCUUGAUUCAGAUGAAGAUUCCAAUGGUGGGACUGUCAAUGCGGUUGGUACAAACAAAGACUAAGGAAGGUUCCCAAGGAACAGCAUUUGGUUACCCUCGCUGUUAUGUGUGUUGUUUUAACUCGUGCCUAUGUAUUAUACUCUGUAUGUGGCUUCGGCAUCUACUCCUACGUACUGGCAUGCAACCCUUCUGCACUGGGUAGUACUAUUU